AUGCUGGGGGCAGCUACGUUCGUCAUUCCGUGCGGGAGGGAGCACGAGGGCGGCGCGGUCGAGACUCCGGCGUCCCGGACGCAGCUAGAGGUGAGCAGGGCCGAACGGGAGCCCACGGCCGAGCAGCUGGCCCAGACUGCGGCCGAGACCGAGGAGGAUGAGCAUUCGGUCAACCACAAGCCCCCGGCCCAGAAGAGCAUCCAGGAGGUCCAGGAGCUGGACCAGGACGACGAGGGUCUGCGCAAGUACAGGGAGGCCCUGCUGGGCCGCGUGGCUGUGCCCGCAGACCGCAGCGUCCCCGACGUCGUGGUGACCCGCCGGACCCUGGUGUGUAGCACCGCCCCGGGCCCCCUGGAGCUGGACCUGGCAGGUGAUCUGGAGAGCUCCAGGAAGCGAUCCUUUGUGCUGAAGGAGGGUGUGGAGUACGGGAUAAAAACUGCUUUCCGGGUGAACCGGGAGGUCAUGUCCGGCGUGAAGUACAUCCAGCGCACGUACGGGAAAGGCGGCAGAACUGACGAGACCGACCACGUGGUGGGGCGCUACGGCCCCGGGCGAGGGGUACGAGUUCCUGACUCCGCCGGAGGAGGCGCCCAAAGGCACGCUGGCUCGCGGCCCCUACAGCAUCAAGUCCCGCUUCACAGACGGCGACAGGACAGACCACCUGCCCUGGGAGUGGAACCUCACCAUCAAGAAGGAGUGGAAGGACUGACCCCCUGCCAGGAGGCGGGCGGGCGGACGGACGGACAGACGGACGUGUCCCACCCCACCCCUCCCCCACCCCAGACCAAAGCGCUGACAGGGCCCGGCCCCCACCGCCACCAUUCCCCGGGGCAGCCUCCUGCUGGCCCGUCCCUCCUCCUUCCUCCCAGCCCGCAGGCCCCAGCCUCCUCGGUGGUCUCGUGUCGUUGCUGCUUCCGCCUGUGCUGGGGUGGGGAGGGGGCUCCAACCCAGGCCUCCACCUCCCCUUCUGUGUUCCUUAAGGUUCCCCCACUGUCCUGACCUGCCCUGAGGCCCUGGCUUUUUCGAGGUCUCAGGGUGUUCAGGUCCCUUGGGCCUUUGUGGUUGCCCCGACUCCCGAUCUGUCUCCCCACCUUGGGGGUGGGGUGUACCACGGAGGGCCUUGUGCAAGGGUCGUCCUCAGCUUUCACUUUUCCCGGUCAGCCCUCCCAUCGCUGUCAGUAACCGUCUAACCACGAUGCCUUAACAUGUGGAACGUAUGCCGUGGGGGCGUCACUAACCUCUAACCCUGUGAUGCAUGAGCAUGUGGUCUCCCCCAAUCCCCACCCCGUCUGCAGGCCCUGAGGCCCAGGAAGAUGUGGGAUGUGCCCCUGCUGCUCCCCACCUGCCAGGGCCUGGCCAACCCCCUUUCCUCGGCCAGGGCUUCGGGGACGGCUCCAGGGGCUUAGGAAAGCCAAACUGCCAAAACUCCAGUGGCCUCCAGUCCCACCUGGGAGGCUGGGUGACCUCACGCCUCUGCCUUCUCUGUCCCAGGGGGCAGUGCCUAGAGCCCCCAGACCCACCAGAGAGCUCUCGGCGGAUACAGCCAGCGGCCGAGCCUUACUCGUCCCUCCUGGGCCUCCCGGCCUGGAGUCGUGUGCCUGGCCUGUCAGUAUUUAUUGCCUCCGUAUGUGCUGUCCUCUGGGCCCACCGGCCUGCCGCCUCUGCCCCAGGCUCGGUGCCACCGUCCCCAGCAGGCCCUCCUCGGACCCAGACAGGACAACUGUGGGACCAAGCUUGCACAGCUGGAGCCGUGCCCUGCCCCUCCCCUCCUGUCCCUUCCCCGGUCAGGCCUGGGCCUGGAACACACAGGAGCCUGUCCCUGCUUCUCCUUUUCUGACCGGGAAAUAAAGUCCCAGUAAGGAA